AUGGAUUAUAUCAUAUCGAAAAGAUAUCGAAAAGUAUCGAAAAGAUAUCGAAAAAAUCGAUAUAUCGUAAAGUAUCGAUAUAUCGAAAAGUACCGAUAUAUCGAAAAGUACCGAAAAGAUAUCGAAAAGUAUCGAAAAGAUAUCGAAAAGUACCAAAAAGAUAUCGAAAAGUACCGAAAAGAUAUCCAAAAGUACCGAAAAGAUAUCGAAAAGUACCGAAAAGAUAUCGAAAAGUACCGAAAAGAUAUCGAAAAGUACCGAAAAAUUUUUGAAAAGUAUCGAAAAGAUAUCGAAAAGUAUCGAAAAGAUAUCGAAAAGUAUCGUAAAGAUAUCGAAAAGUAUCGAAAAGUACCGAAAAGAUAUCGAAAAGUACCGGAAAGAUAUCGAAAAGUACCGAAAAGAUAUCGAAAAGUACCGAAAAGAUAUCGAAAAGUACCGAAAAGAUAUGGAAAAGUAUCGAAAAGAUAUCGAAAAGUAUCGAAAAGAUAUCGAAAAAAUCGAUAUAUCGUAAAGUAUCGAUAUAUCGAAAAGUACCGAUAUAUCGAAAAGUACCGAAAAGAUAUCGAAAAGUAUCGAAAAGAUAUCGAAAAGUACCGAAAAGAUAUCGAAAAGUACCGAAAAGAUAUCCAAAAGUACCGAAAAGAUAUCGAAAAGUACCGAAAAGAUAUCGAAAAGUACCGAAAAGAUAUCGAAAAGUACCGAAAAAUUUUCGAAAAGUAUCGAAAAGAUAUCGAUAAGUAUCGAAAAGAUAUCGAUAAGUAUUUAUAUAUAAUGAAAAUAUCGAUAUAUAAUGAAAAGUAUCGAAAAGAUAUCGAUAAGUAUCGAAAAGAUAUCGAUAAGUAUCGAAAAGAUAUCGAGAAGUAUCCAAAAGAUAUCGAUAAGUAUCGAAAUUUUAUAGAUAAGUAUCGAAAAGAUAUCGAAAAGUAUCGAAAAGAUAUCGAAAAGUAUCGAAAAGACAUCGAAAAGUAUCGAAAAGAUAUCGAAAAGAUAUCGAAAAGUAUCGAAAAGAUAUCGAAAAGUAUCGAAAAGAUAUCGAAAAGUACCGAAAAAAUAUCGAAAAAUAUCGAUAUAUCGAAAAGAAAAGUAUCGAUAUAUAAUGAAAAGUAUCGAUAUAUAAUGAAAAGUAUCGAAUAUAAUGAAAAGUAUCGAAAAGAUAUCGAAAAGUAUCGAAAAGAUAUCAAAAAGUAUCGAAAAGAUAUCGAAAAAUAUCGAAAAGUGCCGAAAAGAUAUCCAAAAGUACCGAAAAGAUAUCCAAAAGUACCGAAAAGAUAUCGAAAAGUACCGAAAAGAUAUCGAAAAGUACCGAAAAGAUAUCGAAAAUAUCGAAAAGAUAUAGAUAAGUAUCGAAAAGAUAUCGAUAAGUAUCGAAAAGAUAUCGAAAAGUAUCGAAAAGUAUCGAAAAGUAUCGAAAAGAUAUCGAAAAGAUAUCGAAAAGUAUCGAAAAGAUAUCGAAAAGUAUCUAUAUAUAUCGAAAAGUAUCUAUAUAUAUCGAAAAGUAUCUAUAUAUAUCGAAAAUACCGAAAAGAUAUCGAAAAGUACCGAAAAGAUAUCGAAAAGUACCGAAAAGAUAUCGAAAAGAACCGGAAAGAUAUCGAAAAGUACCGAAAAGAUAUCGAAAAGUACCGAAAAGAUAUCGAAAAGUACCGAAAAGAUAUCGAAAAGUACCGAAAAGAUUUCGAAAAGUACCGAAAAGUUAUCGAAAAGUACCGAAAAGAUAUCGACAAGUACCGAAAAGAUAUCGACAAGUACCGAAAAGAUAUCGACAAGUACCGAAAAGAUAUCGACAAGUACCGAAAAGAUAUCGAAAAGUAUCGAAAAGAUAUCGAAAAGUAUCGAAAAGAUAUCGAAAAGUAUCGUAAAGAUAUCGAAAAUAUCGAAAAGAUAUCGAAAAGUAUCGAAAAGAUAUCGAAAAGUAUCGAAAAGAUCGAAAAGUAUCGAAAAGAUAUCGAAAAGUAUCGAUAUAUCGAAAAGUAUCGAUAUAUCGAAAAGUAUCGAUAUAUCGAUAAAAAAGGUAUCGAAAAGUACCGAAAAGAUAUCGAAAAGUACCGGAAAGAUAUCGAAAAGUACCGAAAAGAUAUCGAAAAGUACCGAAAAGAUAUCGAAAAGUACCGAAAAGAUAUCGAAAAGUAUCGAAAAGAUGGUUAUCACAUUUAG